CUCUUUCUUUCUCUUUUUCCCGUGGUCGUUGCAACAACGAGUUUGGUUUCAUUGUGUCGUUGAACAGGGACCGGUGUGUUUUAAAACCGCGAAGCUCUUCUCACGUCACUCGUUUAUAACGUUGUUUAAUCAACAAAUUAAAAAGUUAAAUAAUUAAUUCGCGGUGUGCAAUUUGCGCGCUCAUUUUCACCCGAGUCCUUAAAAUAGCUACCAACCACCUGUGUACUAGAAUAUUACUCCAAUAUCAAUACCGAUAAUAGUACUAUCAUCUUCCUCAUCUUCUUCUUAAAAAUAAUCUAACUAUCCCCAUUAAAACUAAUUUAAAAACUCCAAAAUUUUUUUAAACAGUGACACCGUGAUUUUUAUCAUUUUAAUCUCUGGUAGUUUGGAACGAUGACAUUAUUCCCGUUUAUUCUUCCCAGUGUCUUGUCUCUGCAACUUUAACCAGUAGUACUCGACAACAUAAAGUAUCAUAAAAAUCAGUGUCGCCUGUCUACUUUAUUUACUCAACUUAACUUAAUAUUUUGAUACACACUUACACUACUUAUGCACGCGAUGUGCAUGCAACAUACUUUGUUAUAUAUUAAUAAACUUUAAUAUUCAUCGUACGAAGCCUGAAUUAGCUAAUGUAACCCCUUUUUUAUAUUUCUUCUUCUUCUUAUUUGUAUUUUAAUAAUUAUCAUUAUUAUUCUUAUUCUUCUUCUUAUAAGUAUUCUUAUUCUUCAACUUGUUGAUCGUGUCCGGUUAAAAAACCCGUACUGUCUGGCGUACAGCCUUAACUUUGGUUUGCUUAGCUUUUAUUGCAAUACACUACGUGGUUACAUUUACACACGUCAGUUGACAUCGAGAUUGGGCCCAGGUAGAAACUCCAUCCUCCAAAAAUAGUCCCCAACGAUUUAAUAACCGUUAAGUACAUUGAAUGAGAGCUGAAUACCACCGAUUAGUAUAAUCAGUACAACAACACAACUGAACGUUAUUAUGUGAAUUACUUUAUUCAAUAAAGCAGUUCAGUCAAAUGGAGUUUAGUGAGACAAAUCCAAGACUUUUUAUUUGAGUACUAAAGUUAUUGAAAUGAUCAAGAUGAUCAGAAGAUAUCAUUUAACACGGAUUUUAUUCGACGUGUGACCAAUUAUUGCUGAAAGUUGAAAGAAGGAUGAAGAAUGCCCCGCGUCGGCGGAGAAGGGGAUGGUGGUGGCGAGAACGAGAGGCAGAGCGGUGGAUUGGCGGGAUGGUAUACAGGUGGAGCGACUCGAACUAUGACCGGAAAUACUGGAAAUGCAUACGUCGUUUUAGGUGGUACCAAAUAUGCAAUACGUCUUUCUCAGGAGAGAGUACCAACACCAGCCGUAUCACCAAUACCAACAGACAUCUCAUCGGAGAGCUGUCAAAGAAAGUACUGUUGCCGAAAAAGUGACUCUCGUGAGCGUUUGACAGACACUAGUCUAGUGACGAGCGUUAAAAUGCCGACGUCGGAGAAGAUUUCAGGGCUGAGCGGUAUCGGGGAUUGCUGUUGCAUCGGUCCACGUUCGCGGCUCCCUCUGCCGCGAGGACUGUCCGGAGUAUCAUCACCAAGUCCAAGUGUAUGCUCAUCAAGUGGUGAACGCGGUGGAGGUAACAACAGUGGAAGUAACGCCGGCAAUAGUAACAGUGCCAGUAACAGCGGUGGAGGAAUUUCUAGUUUGGGCGGAAGCAUCGGCAACGCUGCCGUCGAUCGUGCACGAGGAGUAGUUAGAGUAGGAGGACAAUAUUCGCCGCCUCCCACCAGCAGAACAACAACCCAGUCCAACCGACUACCGUCAAACUUAAAUGCUAUUAAUAACUGCGGGGGGCUGCAGCUAAUGGGAAGCCACGGCUCCCAGUUGCAAUCAUCCUCGUCAUCAUCAUCAUCGUCGUCGACAACUGCGGCCGCGAAACCAGCUAAGGCUUCCACCAAUUCAACAAACGCCGUCCUAUCCACUCGUACUUUUGCUCCGACAAUUAACUCUGUCUCUGUGCCGCGACAAAUCGCUCACUGGACCAAACAUCACUCUUUUAAACUACAGGAACAAAACAUACCAGCGGUGGACCGCCUGCACAGAUUUAGAUGGAGUGGGGGCGGAGGAGGAAAUGGCAAAAAAUCCUCUUCCGGCCCCCGCAGCGAAAAAGCCGAGCGUCUUCGCGAAUUGACGGAAAAAAUAAAAAGUACCACCGCACCAAUACCACCACCACGAAAGCCGUCACGUCUUCACGCUUCUCCACCGCCUCCUCCACCGUCGUUACCCACCCAACAGGCUAAUCACAACAAUCAUCAUCACCAUCAUCAUCAUUAUCAUCAGUACCCGCAGUCAAUAACCAACAGACCAACGCCGCGUAAUUUUAUUUACAAUGAAGACCGCCCGGGACUUGAGACUGGUACCGCGGAGAGUAAUAGAAGAAAUAACACCCACGAAAGGACAUUAGAAAGAAGUACAAGUGUCGAUGGUGAUGAUUACCACGAGUAUUCAACAGUUACAGUUAACCCAGUGACGGUCAGCGAUGAAAAACCAAGCGCUUGGUCGUUAAGGACUUCGUGGUCAAAACCCUCACCAGGAAGUGUGAUUAGACAAAAAAGUAGUGACAAUAAUGAUCAAGUUAGACGGGUUUCUUCGGACUUGUACUACAGUGAGCCAAAACACUUGAGGCAGUACAGUGAUUCGUUGGUGGUUGAUAGUGCUAAGUGCCCGGAUCAUCUUUUUGACUUUGCUAAUACUAUUGCAACCUCACCAGCAGCAACGUCUACGACAACAAUAACAAAUCCAUCAGUAUCUGGCGGCAGUGAGAGUGAGGCCAGGGACGCAGUGACCACAUUAGAGCCUCGAACAUCGCUCUUAACUUUCCAUCGAACUGGUGUACCCUUUAGAAGCGCAUCCUUUGGUCAAGUCGACUUUAAUCAAGGUAAUCGUCAUAGAACCCAACCAAUAUCAAAUGUAAAUCGAGUCCAACUAAAGGAUGUAAGAGCAAGUACAUUGCCACGAAGAAGAUCCGGAGCAACGAGUCCAGGUGCUGCGUCUCAAAACAGCCCCAAUCCUGAAAGCCCAAGAGCUUCAAUAGCGAGCGUUGAUAGCGCUGUAGGUUCGACAGAGGGUCUAGGAGCGACUCAAACCCUCGGCGAGGAAGUGAGACCUAGGAGUGACGGGUCUGAUAGUCUGGCAACAUCCAGCGCCUUAACUAGUCCUGAACCUCCGGCGCUAGAGUGUCGAGAAUCCUCGCCUAUCAAUACAGUGCAACCGGAUCCUUGCGCUGAUGAUAAGGAGGAUAAAGUCGAGACUAAAGAAACGGAUGAUAAUGACUCUAAAGGUAUUUUAUUGUUUUAUUUGUUUAGUUUUAGCUUGAUAGAAAGUUUUUGUUUGAUAAAAAGUGAUUACUUAUCAACAGACCGGUUAGAAUUACAUCAAGUAAUAAUCACUCCUCCGUCUGAAGAAUCGCGACUGAGUCAGACAGUUAACGAACCGGUUAAAGUGCCAAGUGAAAAGACCCCCGAGGUGUUAGCGCUCACGGGCAAAGUACGGAGAUAUCGCGGUGACACGAGUAAACGUAGAAAAGGCGUGUACAUAACCCAGUGGCCAGAACCCUCGGAAAAUGACAAAAACAAAUUGUCUGCACAGAGCAGUGAAGAAAAAGACGAAAAAGACGAUAACAGUAAAGAAGAAAGAGAAGAGAAGGAUGAUUUACCGGCUACCUUGAGUGAUGUUUCAGACUGUGAAGGUCAUGUGCCUCGAAGAUAUAGCAAAAGACCACUUCGGGGGCCAUACGGACAAAUGUUAGAAGCAGAAAUGGCUAAGCCACGUAUAGCCGAUUCAGCACUGUCUGAUAGUCUUGGACCAAAGAGAAAAGUAUCUGCGAAUUCGUCAUACAGUGCAGGAAGUAAUAGUAACUCGGAACCACCGACACCGUGCCACCACAGAGCAACUUCCAGUCCGAGUAAGCUAGAAGGUUUACCGGGACCCAGUCCAGAAUUACUGGCCCAGCUUCUUCGCGGGUCGUCUGAACACCCCGCACGGGUGCUUACUACUCACAGAAACGAUACAAGAACGCAUGUCGUGGUGGAGCUUUAUGAUACUGAAAAAUCAUACGUAGAGGCGUUGCAAAUACUAGUCAAUAAAUAUUUGCAAACUCUAAAAAGUUCGGAAAAUUCUGGACUUGUAGACUCAGCAACCGUGGAUGAAAUAUUUUAUCAGGUACCAGCUAUUCUUAGUCAUCAUGAAAUUUUUUUACAACAACUUAAAAAAAGAUUAGAUACUUGGGAAGUUAGUCAAACAAUUGGUGACGUUUUUCUUGAUGUGUUUACAAAGCCCGCGGUCUUAGAAACAUACACUUUGUUUCUUGACAAUUGGAAGGCCGCUAAGAAAGCCAUCAAAGCGACUUGUCAAUCGAAACCAGCAUUUGCAAGAUUUCUCGAGACAAUGGAGCGCGAACACAAAGGAAAACUCGGGCUGGAUCAAUUACUAAUAAAGCCAGUACAAAAAAUUCCUAGAUACGAAUUACUCAUCCAGAGACUAUUGAAACACACCGACACAUCCCAUCCAGAUUAUGAUCUGCUAAUUGCCGCUCAGAAGGAGGUACACGAACUUGUUGUCAAGAUUAAUUGCACCGAACGAGAGUCUCUUGAGUGGGAACAACAACAGACCACCUUGAGGGAAGUUCAGUCAUUAGUUGAAGGUCUAGCCGGAAUUGUUACCAAUGAUAGAGCGUUCAUUCGUCAUGACUUAGUCACCAUAGCUUCCAACCAAGGUACUCGAAAAGAAAGAGCGCUUUUUUUAUUUUCUGAUCUUUUGGUUAUCACUAGUAUUAAGCGAAGAAGUGGGACCAUAAGAAAGCCAUUAACAAGCUCAUGUCCAAACAGUUUGGUUGGACUUCUUGAAGCUAACAAGUACAAGCUGCUUAUGAGAAUUUCUCUAGACGACUUAGAAGUAAUGAAAGCCAAAGACGAAAAUUUAAGAAAAAUGGCUCGUGAAGUAGACCAUUUACGUGAAGACUGCGCAACACUAAGUCAACUGCAAGAACUAACAGCAACUUUACACGGUGCGAAACAUCAGUUAGAUGACAUAAUAAAAGAAAUGCUAUCUCAAACCCAGCGUCAAUUAGCGGAUCGCAAUACAGCGCACUCGCAAUUAGCUUGUUUGGAAUUCACGCUGAACACUCAGUCGGGAAUGGAGAAUAUUUCGAUAAUCUUCACCAAGCCAGACAAGCGUGCCAGCUGGGAAGAGAGCUUCAAUGAAGCGAAGCAAAAGUUAGCGCUGUCUUCAGAUAAGAGGCCGUGUCCAGAAUUUGUUGGACCUCUGCCGAUUCGCAAGACCCGAGCUGGAUUACAGUUCACGUGCGCGGCGCCGACAAUUACCAACGGCCAAGGUUCCUCUGACGUUUGGGUAUGCAACAGUGAUGGAUACGUAGGACAGGUGUGUGUACUGAGCUUAAGUCCAGAGCCUCCGCAAGUAACUUCCUGCAAUGGUGUCUGCAACGCGAGGAUUCUUUGCGUUGCUGGUAUUCCGGCAAAAUUGCCUGGCUCCAAAUCGAGCACUCUCAAGUCAACUAAUAAUAAUAAUAAUAAUAAUAAUAAUAAUAAUAAUAAUAAUAAUAAUAAUAUGGAUGACAGUUCAUUAACGGGAAGCAAAAGUGGGAUAAGUAUUUCUAUACAAGACACCGAUGCGAGCGGAAGAAACAUUCAACUAGACAGCAGCUCAAGUUCUGAUGACUCAGACUCAGACGAAAUAACUCGCGCUAUUGAAACCGCCGCGGGAUCAAUGUACAGCGACUUGUCUAGCAUCGAUGGUGCUGACGAGGACACUAAUCAGCCGACGAUGUGGCUGGGUACUGAGGACGGCUGUAUACAUGUCUACAAUUGCAAUGACAAUAUUAGAAUAAAGAAGAAUAAAAUUAAAAUUCAGCAUGGCAGCAGCGUUCACUCGAUCAUCUAUUUGGACAACAAGGUAUUCGUCGCGCUGUCUAACGGAGAUAUUGUUGUCUACAGCCGGGAUCAGAAUGGCUGGAACACCUUGGAUCCUAUGACCGUGUCCGUCGGCACUACUGAGUACCCUGUCACCAAAAUGGUCCCUGUGUCGGUGAACAACAAACUCUGGUGUAGCUGUCAUAAUACUGUUAAAAUAAUAAAUAUUGUGACAUUGGAAAUAGAGCAUGCCUUCAAUGUCGGGGGUGAUAAUGCACGUCCGGUGUCUUGUAUCGCUUCGUCAGGGUCUCUUGGUGUGUGGAUUUCACUUCAUAAUAGUGCUGUACUUAAAUUGUAUCAUGCUACUUCUUAUGAGUGCUUGUCGGAUGUCAAUAUUGCGCCUGCUGUUACCAAAAUGCUUGCCAUUGCAGGUUGCGAUGACAUAAUAAGACAGCAUAAAGCAGCCUGUUUACGAGUUACCGCGCUUCUGGCGUGCAACGAUCUCUUAUGGAUAGGAACUAGUGCCGGUGUGCUUUUGACAGUACCCAUUCCACAUAUCAAAGCAUCGACGCAGAGAUUACCUCAAGCUCCAUCAGUUACCGGAAUACCACACGGUCAUACAGGACACGUGCGUUUUCUUACAUGUGUAGAAGCACCGUCACCAACAAAAGUAGACACACACUCUAAAAUAAAUCGUUAUUCAUUGAAAAUUGGUAAAACACCACAAACUAGCAGCAUAAUCCGUACAAAGCUGCUGGUUAUUUCGGGCGGUGAUGGCUACGAAGACUUCCGCGGGCCUCAGGCUUCUGCAGAGCUUCAAGCAGGUCGUGAAGACUCAACGAAUCAUCUUUUGCUGUGGAAAGUUUGAUACCUUCACCAAAAGCAGCUCAAUGACGAGCUUUGGAAUUUGAAUUUAAAAAUUUUCAUCAUCAGUUGACGCGACUGCCGUAUCGCUUAACUGGAAAAGUUUAAGCUCGAUCGCCGAGUUAAGGAUCGAGUAAAGAAGCGCUAACAAUUAUUUAAAUCAUUGCACGGCUGUGUAUUUUGAGUAAAGCCGAAGAAUGUUAACGCAUACAGUGUAA